AUGUCUCUGUACGACCGGGCGCUGGGCGAGCUCGUCGUGGUUAAGGCGCUCGUGGACAUCCCCCCCUUGCCCACGGCCUUUGUGGAGGGAUUCGACAUAAAAGAAAUGAAAGCCGGAGAAAGGCAAUGGAUGCCGAUUUAUCUAGCCAUCACCCUUUCGUCCUUCACCUAUGUCGAUGUGGAGUUCCCCUUCUGGUUCUACAUAAAGAAUUUUAUAAAUAUAAAGGAAGAGGAGUACAAAAACCAGAGUGAGCUCUUUGAUCUUCCUUCUCCCUACUUCUUCGAGAUUUGCUUCAUGUUCAUUGACCAGAAAGUAUUUUCGAAGGUCACUCCGAUAGAAACGGUAGGGCAGAAGAGCUACUUCAAGUACAUGUCUAAGGUGGCAGGCUACGUCGAAGACAUCAGGCACUGCAGGACGGAGAAAAUCAUCAGACACCUAGAGCAGCAAAAUGUGCACUCGUCCCACAUCUACAUCCCAAAUCUGCAGCACUCCGAGACGCACCUAAUCAACUUAACCUUAUACAGCUUUUGGAAGUAUGACAAGGGAUUAAACGAAAAGGCUAACUCGAUAGACUUUACCUCCUACCUUUUGGAGCCUUUCAUAAAAGACGAAGAGGACGAAAAGGACGCGAACCUCUUGCAGGACCUUUAG